AUGGAGAUUGUGACAUGGGAGGGACAGGAGGAGGAGGAGGAGGAGGAGGAGGAGGAGGAGGAGGAGGAGGAGGAGGAGGAGGAGGAGGAGGAGGAGGAGGAGGAGGAGGAGGAGGAGGAGGAGGGGGAGGAGGAGGAGGAGGAGGAGGAGGAGGAGGAGGAGGAGGAGGAGGAGGAGGAGGAGGAGGAGGAGGAGGAGAAAAGGGAGAUUGACCGUGCCAUGUCAAUCAGUUGUCAUGCCACACCAUGCUACGCCAUGCCCCAUAAAUCGCCAUGA